AUUGAAGUUAAAAUUAUAAAUAUGAACCAAAGUCCAUUCAUGAGAUUCAAGCUCUUUAUUUUCGUCUCUAGUUCAGUUUUUGUCUUUUAACUUUUUUAUUUCUUUCUUCCAUCUUGUUCCGGUUCCGUGUGGCUGCUGAUUUUUAAGUUCUUGUAUUUCACUUCUCAUUUGUUGGAUUAAUAAAGUUCAUCUGAUCAUAGAAAAAUUCUGAAAUUCUGAACCAGAUUUGUUAAAAGUCUCAUUAAGAGUUUCCCCGGCGUUUCUCUGGAGGAAACUCGCUCGCCCUAUCAAGACGCAGCAGGUUUCCUGUGAGAGAGAGAGAGGGUGAGGCCGACUCGUUCAGUGAAGAAGAAACUUUACACAAGAAGAAUCAGGACGAGUUGGACUGAAGAAUCAUCCUCCGUGUGGGAAGAUGGCGUUUUGGUUCAGCUCUUGUUGGAUUUACAUUUGGAUCCUCGUUCAGUCCACAGAACUCUUGGCUGACUCGGCGUCACCGCCUCUUUACACCAUCCACCGCACCCAGGUCAGCUUUGAGCAGGCCGUGCAGGCCUGCUCCCCCGGGGGCCUCACCUCCCUCGCCACCAAGCAGGAAGUCACCAGCGUCCUCAGGCUCAUCUCCGAGUUGCUGUUGCCUCAGAGUGAAUUCACCUUUUGGGUCGGACUGAAGAAAGCCAAGAACAAGUGUGUCGUCCCCGGCUCGCGGCUGAGAGGCUUCAGUUGGACCGAGGACGACGGGGAGGACUCGCCGGUGAUUCCCUGGGCGAAGGAGCCACAGGACACGUGCACCACGGUCCGCUGUGUGGUGCUACAGGGGAAACACGAUGGGCUGCAGGUGACCAGCUGGGGUCUGAGUCCGGUCACCUGCAGGGGAAGUUCAGUUCAUCCGUUCAUCUGCAAACUGAGAGACGGACAGACGGGACUGAUGCCUGAGGAUGAAACGUCCACCAUUAAACCUUCAUCACCGGAACCAGUAACACAUGAAGUUAAACCCACAGAGCAGGAACCACCUGAAGCUGAGUCCAAGCCUCCCAUGAGAGAACCAGGAACUGAUUUGAAUUUUAAAACCGAACCUGACCCUGGACCUGACUCUGGAUCAGUGGUGGUAUCGAACUUGUGUCCGCGUCCAGUGAUCCCCAGAGCACGCUCUCUCCGUCUGGAAAACAACAACACCAGGAUCCUGGUGGAGUGCUGGUCCGGUGACCAGCUGCAUCUGUACUGCUGGGGUCCUCCUGACGUGUGGCGUCUUUUGGACGACUCCCCCCCCAACCUCACCGUCCUCUGCCAGCCGUGCAGGGCCGGCUUCCAGAAAGACGUCUCUGGAAACUGUGUGGAUCUGGACGAGUGCACCAGCGCCCCCUGUAGGCACACCUGUUUGAACACCGAGGGCUCGUACGUGUGCGUCUGCCUCGACCAGGACGGGAGACAUCACGACGAGGGCUCACCGGCGUGCACGCUCCCAGUGACUCUCGAUGACAGGGGGUCCGUCUGGGGCAUCCUGGUCCCGGUGCUGGCUGCUGUGGCGGUGCUGGUGGUGCUGGUGGUGGUCGUUGUAGUGACGGUGAAAUGCUGCCUGAAGAGAACCGCAAGGAAACGGGCUCUGAAGGAGUCCGAGAAGAUGAUGAUGAAGAACGAAGACAACCAGGCCUGAUCAGACCUGGUUAAGAUCUGGAUCAGAUCUGGUUCAGAACUGGUUCAGACCUGGUUCAGAACUGGUUCAGACCUGCUUUAGACCUGCUUUAGCCCUGGUUCAGAACUGGUUCAGACCUGGUUCAGACCUGGUUCAGAUCUGGUUCAGCCCUGAUUCAGACCUGGUUCAGACCUGGUUCAGAUCUGAUUCAGCCCUGGUUCAGACCUGAUUCAGACCUGGUUCUGACCUGGUUCAUCCCUGGUUCAGAUCUGAUUCAGCUCUGGUUCAGACCUGGUUCAGACCUAAUUCAGAGCUGAUUCAGACCUGGUUCAGACCUGGUUCAGCCCUGGUUCAGAUCUGAUUCAGCCUUGGUUCAGACCUGAUUCAGACCUGGUUCAGACCUGGUUCAGACCUGAUUCAGCCCUGGUUCAGAGCUGAUUCAGACCUGGUUCAGCCCUGGUUCAGAUCUGAUUCAGCCCUGGUUCAGAGCUGAUUCAGACCUGGUUCAGCCCUGGUUCAGCCCUGGUUCAGACCUGGUUCAGACCUGGUUCAGCCCUGGUUCAGAUCUGAUUCAGCCCUGGUUCAGAGCUGAUCAGACCUGGUUCAGCCCUGGUUCGGACCUGGUUCAGAGCUGAUUCAGACCUGGUUCAGAGCUGAUUCAGACCUGGUUCAGCCCUGGUUCAGACCUGGUUCAGCUCUGGUUCAGCCCUGGUUCAGAGCUGAUCAGACCUGGUUCAGCCCUGGUUCAGACCUGGUUCAGAUCUGAUUCAGCCCUGGUUCAGACCUGGUUCUACCCUUUUGCAGCUGGACACAUGUUUCAGUAACUGUUCGUUUAGGAGAUAAUAUCUUUCCUGGUUUUAUCUGAGUUUUAAAAUGAAUGGAAUCUAUGGGAAAAUCAUAGUUUAUAUAUAUAUUAUACAUUUAUAAACAUUCAAUGAGAACUCACUCAACUCUCUUCAAACCUACUUGACUUUCAAAGUGUAUUUAACUGACAUUCAGAUUUAAUUAAAGCUUGAAAAUAGUAUAUUUAAGAAUACUUGAUAUCCCAAAACUUCUGUCUUUUGAAAGUUUUAAAUGAUACCGACUUUUGGUAAAUAUUUUAAUGUAUAUUAAAAUGACAACUGCCUCUGC